AUGGGCGAGGUUAGCGGGCACGUCCGUUUAAGGCAGUUUCUUAGUUUAGCGUUUGAGAUGUUCCGCCCUGGUCUCGGCUCGAGACAUCCUUCUUCGGACGAAGAUGAAGAUGAGGACGAGGACGAUCCCCCGGCUCGGAUUUACUCGAAUGCUCUUGGAAGAUUCAGUGUUUCUAAUAACAAAUUGUUAGGCGAAAUUCCAAGCUCGCUAGGCAAUUGUCUUGGUUUAGAGUAUCUCUGUUUGGAUGGGAACUUGUUUCAAGGAUCAAUUCCUCCAACAUUUGCUAAUCUAAAAGGCCUUCGACUCCUCGAUCUUUCACACAACAACUUAUCGGGGAAGAUUCCAAGAUAUCUGGAGAAGUUUGCUCUAGAUUCGUCUUUGAAGAUGUCUUAUGCGGAUCUCUUUAAAGCAACAGAUGGGUUCUCUCCUACCAAUUUGAUUGGCACUGGAACAUCUGGCUCUGUAUAUAAAGGGUUUCUGCAUUGUAACGAAACUAUAGUAGCAGUGAAAGUCUUCAACCUCCAACGGCAAGGAGCUAUGAGGAGCUUCAUGGCUGAAUGCGAAGAAUUGAGAAAUAUGAGGCAACAGAAUCUUGUUAAUAUCUUAACAUGUUGCUCAAGCAUUGAUUUUAAGGGCAAUGAUUUUAAAGCUCUAGUUUAUGAGUACAUGUCCAAUGGAAGUCUAGAUAUGUGGUUGCAUGAAGAUGGCAGUGAGCAGGGGAUCAAUAGGAACUUGAAGCUUAUUCAAAGGCUAGAUGUAGCUAUAAAUGUGGCUUUGUUUUUAGAUUAUCUAUAUAAUCAUGCGUCAAUCAUUCAUCGAGAUUUAAAACCAAGCAACAUCCUUCUUGAUGAUGAUAUGAUUACUCGCAUGGGUGAUUUUGGGAUAGCCAGGUGCUUAGAUGAGAUUGCUCAAACUAUGACGGUUGUGAUCAUGGGAUCUGCUAGGUACAUCGCUCCAGGUAACAAUUUCAUCUAUUUCCUUUCAUAA